UUUGCUUAGCUCGUCUCUACAGUUGAUAUUCCUCUCACUAUUCAAAAUACGUAAAACUACUGAGCAGCAAACGUAAAAGUACUAAACAAAUAAAUUCCCAUAAUCCCGAUUCACGAUGAAUAUAUUUCGUUUGGUCGCUGAUUUGGCACACGUUGUAGCCAUUUUAAUACUGUUGCAUAAAAUAUGGAAAUCUCGUUCGUGUGCGGGCAUAUCUGGCAAGUCGCAGAUACUGUUUGCCAUCGUCUACUUUAUGCGCUAUUUGGAUAUCCUAACCACAUACGUGAGCCUCUAUAAUUCGAUCAUGAAAUUGCUGUUCUUGAUUGCUUCGGGAGCUACGCUGUAUUUGAUUUAUCGCAAGUUUAAGGCCACAUACGAUCACAAUCAUGACUCGUUCCGCAUUGGAUAUCUGCUGGUGCCCUGUGCCCUGCUUUCGCUUUUCUUCAAUCACGAACUUGCCGUACUGGAGGUGCUGUGGACAUUUUCAAUUUACCUGGAAUCGGUGGCCAUUUUGCCGCAACUAUUUAUGGUGGCCAAAACGGGCGAAGCUGAAUCCAUAACGAGCCAUUAUCUAUUUGCUCUGGGCUCGUAUCGUGCGCUGUAUGUAUGCAAUUGGAUUUAUCGCUUCAUCGCCGAGUCGCAUUUCGAUUUAAUUGCCAUCAUCUCUGGCAUUGUUCAAACCAUUCUAUACUGCGAUUUUUUCUAUCUGUACAUCACCAAAGUACUGCAGAGCAGACAACUAAAACUGCCCACAUAAUUGAAAGACUUUUACAAUGAUUACAAAACACACAAUAAACAAACAAACAAAACAAUUCAAGGAAGUUGGGGAGCGCAGGAAAGGCUGAGGCUGUGGCAUGGACUGGGCAAUUUUUCGGAUUUUAUUGAUAUAUAAAAAAUCAUUAAAUUCAUUGUAAUGAAAUUAA